GAUCGCUUUGUUGCGGUAAACCUUGGCGGUGGUCGGAGCCAGCAGGCGCAAGUGUCGGAAUUCCUCCAGAGUCGUUUUUCUAAUUGGAUUAACCAAGGAGGCCGUACUCAGUCGGCAUGGCUGAGUCGGGUCGUAGGAUUCGGCACGUGUGUGAUGCAAGAACAGAGAGGACACCUGAGGCAUAGCGAUGCAUAGCAGUACGCGAAAAAUUACCUCGCAGGAGAGUCUCGGUGGGUGAACCUAGAUAGCGAAAGAGCAGGCGGGAUCGUAAUGUCAAGAUGCCUGGGGGGCGGAGAGGACUCGUCGCACCACAGAACACUUUCCUGGAGAACAUCAUCCGACGAUAUAACGCCCUGCCUGACUGCAGUUUCCUACUGGCCAAUGCCCAAAUUGUGGACUACCCUGUUGUUUAUUGUUCAGAAGCAUUUUGCAAGAUCUCUGGCUAUAACAGAGCCGAAGUCAUGCAAAAGUCGUGCCGUUGUUCGUUCAUGUACGGGGAGCUGACAGGCAAGGAUACUAUAAACAGAUUGGAACAGUGCCUAGAAACACAUACUCAGGAUCAAUUUGAAAUCACCCUUUAUAAGAAGAACGAUUCUGGAAAAAGAAAUGAACUUUUGACUACAAAUUGAGAAAAAUGCUGCCAACAGAGAUAAAGGCAUUAAUGUGAAGGGCUUUAAGACUGAACUGACCGACUGAUGCUCCAACCUGGUCUAAAGAGAGGAUGUGCCAGGGAAUGAUUUUUGCAACUGUUGAAGGAGCUAUUUGCAACAAGAAAGUGAUAUAAUUUUUAUUUGAAAGCUUCUAUUUUUAGCAGCAAGUCGAACUGUGAACUUUGAUGAUAUACUGAAAACCUAAAUAUUUUCUCUGCUUUGCAGCUCAA